AUGCGCGGAGACCGACAGGUGAUCCCGCAUGCCCACCUGAUGUUUCAACGAGCUAAAAGGAUAUUUAGAGAGAUUGAGGGCAAAUGCAGCGUGGUGCACCUAGAUGAUGAUGAUCACGGCUCAGUCUCAACUGAGACCAACUGUGAGAAUGCUGUUCCUUCUAAAAUUGUUGUUCCCGCUGAUGCUGAAGGAUUUGCAGUUGCGGAGGCCGAUGAGGAUAUAUCGCUGAGUGGGGUGGUCAGGUUCAUGCUGCUUGUGAUGAGGCGGACGUUCAUGGCGCUACUCCCACGUUCACCACAACUUCUGAGGACCAUGAUGCGCCCCGUGCCGAUAGUAAGGUGCCUGACACGAGGACCAAAGGGGUUAAUAUACAAUAUUGGUGCACGCUUCACUAAUAAUUUGUUACUGAACUACAUGAUCUAUUAUUAUGUAGGUAAAUUAAAAGCACCGUCUUUCACCGGUAAAACCCCAGAGGAAUUGGCACAACUCAGAAAGCUGUUAAAGCGACAGCGCGACGAUAACCCGGCGAUGUCUCAGACAGCCAGAACGCGAAUGAAAAUUGACAGCGUCCUGGAAACGAGGACGCAGCCAAGCCUGGAGCUGCCACAGCUACUGCUUGUGAUGGAGAAGCGUGCCCACCAGCGCGAGCUCCAGUAUCGCCAGGAAAAAGAGGCUCGAGAAGCCCAGCGUGAAGCAGACCGGCUGCGAGUCCAAGAAGAACGCGGGCGCCUCAACAACGAGCGUGUCGAGCGUGACGUUCAGCGUCAUGAAAUGCUUAUGACCAUGCUUGCUGCCGCUUGGCUAAGAAAUAGAUUACGGCUGUUGAUUUACUUAAGACCGAUCUAA